AUCUUCGAUGUUAUAAGUAUAGGUGCGCACCCUCUGAGCUUCUGGUUUCUGAAUGAACGUCGCGCCGACUGGCCGGCCGCCGACAUGAAGUACAAUGCAAUCGCGCUAGUGCUGUGCGCCAGCCUGUGCGCCGCAUACGGGGACCUCGUGCACCUAAAGGCGGCCAAGGCAAAGCUGCUCGGGAGUCUGGCGGACAAGGCCAGGCACCACAAGCGCGGCGUCCUCACCGCGGUGCCGCCUUUUAAGUUAGGAUACGAUAUUCCCCGGGUAUCUCAUUCUGUCGUCAAGCCGCUGGUAGUGACAUACCCUCCGACGGCAGCCGUUGCCACGGUCAAGGUCCCGCUCACCAACCCACUGGUGCCUCGGUAUCCGUUACCCCUCGGUCACAGGGUGCCAGUUCCGCACCCUCAUUACGGCCUCAAGUUCCCCCAUUCGACAAAAUCCGUGGUGGUCUCGAAGCCGGACCAUCAUUUCCAUCAUCAUCAUCAUCACGUGUCCCCGAGGCCGGUGGUGCCAGUGGUGCCUGUGGCACCAGCGCCAGCCCCCGUCCCAGCCCCCGCUCCCGUUCCGGUUCCGGCGCCCGCUCCGUUGCCGGUCCCGGCUGCGCUCCCGGCGGCGCCUUUCGUUCCAGUAGCCCAGCCCACCGCUGCAGUAGGGCACGUGGCGCCCUCCGUUCUGUUUCAGUCGACGCCGGCUCUCUCCUUGCCGUCGGCGCCCGUCGGCCCACCACCGCUUCACGUCCUUCCUCCUAACCACUUUCAUCUAAAACCUUUGCUUCCCGCAGCUGUUCCCAUCCAACCGGCUCCGGCUCUCCCCACACCUUUGUUUCAAUACGCGCACCAAUUCCCAUACGUACUACGACACGGCGGGGCGGUGCAGACUUCGGUAUUUGCCACCUACCCCAGAUAUCCUUUCUUUAAUUACCAGUCUCCGUUGUUACCUAUAGCUCCAGCGGCGACGGGUGUUCAAGGUGUCGGACAAGUAUUGUUAAACAGACCCCAAGUUUUGCUAGAGAGACCUCAAGUUCCCCAGUUCCAGUUGCUGCCUCAGGGCGGCAUAGUGCAACACGCCACGAACGUCGCCGUGGCUCAGACGCCCGCUCUGCUGCACCCUGCGCAACCGGCCCUGCCCACCACCACCUUGCACCUACAGCCGACUGUUCCUCAACCUGCGGUCCACCUGCAGCCCACUCAGCCGUCGACCACUUUGGACCACGAAGGCUGGUCGCCUGUCACUCCACAGGCUCAUGACUUUAGUCCGACUCACACCCCGGAAGCGCAUUCUUCGCAGGCUCAACCCCACCCUCAGUUUACGCAGGAGCAGGGGACUCAAGUGUACGAGCAGCAUACGGGUGAAGGCCAGUACAGUGACCUGCACGACCAGUUGCAGCACCACAUACAGCAGCAACUGGAACAGUCGCAGUACGGGCAGCACCAGCUCCACCAUCAGUACACCACCCCGCAGCUGGGACAAGAGUACGGCGUGCCCAAUCAAGAAUUCCCACACCAAAAUCCUAACUACUCGUACCACGGUCAAGAGUACGCGCCUCACGAUCAACAAUACAUUCCCAAUGACCAGCAAUAUAUUCAAAACGACCAGCACUUUCUUCAACAAGGGCAACAGUUUGGACACUCCGAUCAACAAUUUAUUCAGCAGGAACAGCAAUUUGCUCAGCACGAUCAACAGUAUGGCCAGAAUGAUCAACAAUUUGGACAACACGACCAACAGUUUGGUCAGAACGACCAACAAUUUGGACCACAUGACCAACAAUUCGGGCAACACGACCAACAAUUCGCUCAACACGACCAACAAUUUGGGCAACACGAUCAACAAUACGCGCAACACGACCAGCAAUUCGCGCAACACGACCAGCAAUUCGCGCAACACGACCAGCAAUUCGCGAACCACGACCAGCAAUUCGCGCAACAAGACCAGCAAUUCGCGCAACACGAUCAACAGUUUUCCCAGCAGAGCCACGAGUACGAGGUGGGUCAGCAGCCGGCGGCGGGAUACGGCCUGCCACAGCAGGGGCUAGAGAGCCGCGAUGAUGGGGGCCAACAGUCCAGCCAGCAGUACCAUAACCACAUCCCACUCGGCCUGCAGCCCCCCAUCAACGAGCCCCUCGACCACUUCCGGUAGGCCGGCCUAUGCCGGUAGGUUGAUGUGAUGGCAAUGUGCUUGCUGGCUCUCGCUAGUCGCAUAUCUAGACAUUACAAAUAUAUCACAUCAUGUGUUUAAAUGUUGUUGAUAGGGAUUUUGAUGAAAUAAUUGUUUGCAAAUGUUUGCUCACUCUCAUGUGCCACGUUUUGUGUAAAUAUUGCCUAAUAAUACUAAUUACU